AUGCCUCCCCGUCUGAAAACAUAUAGCCCUUCGUCGACCACUGUUCAAUUCACAGUCUCCAAUGCCACUCCAAGAUCAACAAUUGCCUCAAAGCUCAUUUUCUACAUUGGAAUUAUCAUCCGAAUUGCAAUAUUUGCAUUUGUUAUUCUGGUCGACACUGCUACCUGCCGCAAUCACAUACCGGAUAGUUGGACUGCCAUUCCCUGGGACACCAUAUGGAAAAGUAGUAUAGGUCUGAUUGCAUGCAAUAUUGCGGAUAAUUACAUGUGGCAGGCCAUUGCGACAUGCAGCGCUAUAUUGCUAUACCUUGUCGUUAGGAAGGGUUAUACUGAGGAGUCUCUGCUUGUCAUUCGAGGUUUGGGGGUACAGACCUCUACAUCCUCUGCGACAUACCUCCCCAGUGCGACGACUAGAUUUAUUCCAACAACUCAGAUCCAGGAUAUUGUUAUUCAUGAAGCGUUCAGAGGGUUUGAAGUGCGAUAUUACCUGGCGAUCAUCGUCGAUGGGGAGUCUGACGUUGUUGUUGUAUUCCCUAACUUGUUACCGAGGCGAAUGAUCGUUGAGGAAGUGUGGAAAGGUGCUCGAAAAUGCCUUUACGAAUCUUCUUCGUGA